AUGUUGGUCAGAGCUGCUCUACGCUCCUGCUUGAGGAAAUCUCCACCUAUAAUCAGGGCUCGUCAGCUUCACAGCCUUCACAAACACCCCCAGAGUCGGUUCUUGAAUGUAUCCGAAGAGGUGCGCGAUGCUGUCGCAACAGGAAAGCCAGUCGUUGCGUUAGAGACAACGAUCUAUACACAUGGUUUUCCUUACCCCGAGAACAUCGCUCUGGCAACUCUAUUGGAGUCGGUGGUUCGGAGCAAUGGCGGUGUUCCUGCAACAAUCGGUAUUCUUGGGGGUACUGCCAAGGUUGGCAUGAGUCCUGAAGAGAUCAUCGAACUGGCUUCGACCGCAGAGAACAAAUCCGCCCUGAAGGUCUCCCGCCGGGAUCUAGGGUAUAUCUGUGGCAUGGGCAUGGCUGGAAAAAAGAUCCAUGGUGGCACAACCAUUUCUGGCACUAUGAUUCUCUCCGAGUUGGCAGGAAUCAAGAUCUUUGGAACUGGUGGACUAGGCGGCGUUCACCGAGGUGGUGAGAACACAAUGGAUGUUUCCGCCGACCUGACUGAACUGGGACGGACGCCAGUCACCGUCAUCAGCUCUGGAUGCAAGAGCUUCCUAGACAUCCCCCGAACGCUGGAGUACCUCGAGACCGAAGGUGUCUGUGUAGCGGAGUGCGAAGCCCCCCGAGUCAUUCAAAAUGAAGCCGAAGCCGCCGCCAUUGUCUAUGCACAAUCCAGACUCCCAGUCACAUCUGGAAUCCACUUCGCCAAUCCCGUUCCUCUGGAAUACUCCGUUCCCAAAGCGGAGAUGGACCUUGUCAUCGAAGAGGCAGUCCGCCUCGCGGACGUAGAAGGCUACCGAGGCAGCGACAACACACCAUUCGUGUUGUCCAAAAUCAAAGAGCUAAGCGGGGGCAAGAGUAUAAUCGCCAACCGUGCUUUGAUUGAAUCAAAUGUCAAACGUGCCACCCGGGUAGCUGUGGAGUUAGCCAAGCUGGAGGCCAUGGAGCGUGGAACUUCGGGACAUGCCAUGCCCGUUUUCUUGAACCCAGCGCCAGAGCAAACCCUAACUCCGAAAGAAAGUCCUCGGCCUAUCACCACCUCUGAGCCAACCAAGCAAACCGACGUACUUGUCGCAGGCUCCCUCGCAAUCGACCUCUCAUGCGACUACACCCCAUUCGACAACGAACGCGCCCAAAUCACACCACUCCCACACACCUCCAACCCAGCCGUCAUCAGCCAAAGCCUCGGUGGCGUCGGCCACAACGUCGCCCUCGCAGCCCGCUAUAUCGGAAGCGAAGUCCUCUUCUGCAGUGUGGUAGCCAACGAUCUAAGCGGCCGAGCCGCGCUCGCAACCCUCGAAACAGAAGGGCUCAGCAAUGCAGGAAUUCAAGUCCUCCCCGCCACAGUCGGGGCCCGAACAGCGCAAUACGUCGCCAUCAACGACGCAAAGAAAGAUCUUCUGGUAGCGAUGGCAGACAUGGGCAUCGUAGAACUCUCAGAGCAACAGCUCGAUCUCGAGGGUUUCUGGGAACCGCUCCUAGAGCGCAGCAAGCCUAGCUGGGUGGUCAUCGAUGCGAACUGGCGACCAGACGUGAUCGCCAAAUGGAGCGCUAUUGCCCGUAAACACGGGGCCCGCGUGGCCUUUGAGCCCGUAUCAACUGCCAAAUCGCGGCGUCUAUUUGGCCACGAUGCGAGCGGUGCUGGUGCGGCUAUUGGACCUGCGAAUACAAUUCCCAACCACACUGUUAGUCUCGCUUGUCCUAAUCGUCUCGAGCUGGCAGCCAUGUACGCCGCCGCGAGGGAGACGCUUUUAUUCGACUCGCCCGGGUGGUGGAGUAUGAUUAAUGCAAUGGGCUUGUCUCCUACUGGUUCGCGGGAACGUUUGGUUGCUGCUACAUCUGCUGCUCUCGUUGACGAAGGCCUACCGCAACAGUCUAUUCAGCUUCUUCCAUUCAUUCCAUGUUUGAUAACCAAACUCGGUGAUGCGGGCGCUCUCCUCACUCAGCUCUUGCCGCCGGGGGAUCCUCGCCUUACAGAUCCCGAGUCCGCUCCCUAUAUUCUGGCUCGAUCUGAUUCAUCUGCCGAGGCUUCGUUCGGUGGUGUUUAUAUGCGCUUAUUCCCUCCUGCUGCUACAUUGGCCCCUCACGAGGUAGUUAGCGUCAAUGGGGCUGGAGAUACCCUGCUCGGCGUCGUGGUUUCCGGGCUUGCUAAAGCAGGUUCGGCGGCGCGGAUUGAAGAUAUUCUCUCCCGUGGCGCAGGAGGCCAGUCGGAGAACACUGACUAG